AUGUCUGAGCUGGAGAAGGCCAUGAUCGCCAUCAUUGAUGCCUUCCACCAGUACUCAGGGAAGGAGGGAGACAAGCACAAGCUGAAGAAAUCAGAACUGAAGGAGCUCAUUAACAAUGAGUUGACCCAUUUCCUUGGUGAGAUCAAAGACCAGGAGACUGUGGACAAAGUCAUGGAGGCGCUGGACAGCGAUGGGGAUGCAGAGUGCGACUUCCAGGAGUUUGUAGCCUUCAUUGCGAUGGUCACUGCUGCUUGCCAUGAGUUCUUUGAGCAUGAGUGAGCUGGUGGGAAGCAGGCGAGCACCUCCUGCUCAUGGCGGAGAGAUGCAGAGCUGCAUUGCUCCUCCGGGAAAAAGACUGGGUGCGAUUAGGGGCUCCUUGGAGUUAAGCUUGUGCUAGACUUAAGCAGCUUAUUAAGUUCUGCGGCUUUGUGAACAAGAACCACCCGCACAGCUCAGGAAAGCCUAUCAGCCAGUGCCCACCUGGCUGGAUGCGGUGUACGAACGCCUUGUCUCAAGCUCCUUCCCUGCUGCUGUAUGCAAGGGACGUGCAUGGGGCUGGAGGCAGGUGGACGCUGCGAUCCAAGCUUGCUUGCAAACGGAAAAGGGAAAUUCAAGGGCUGAAGUAGGAGGUGAUGCAGAGGGGCUGGUUACAGAAGCCUGGUUCUGAGCCCACUGGCCUGAACGGAAAGGCUCCCGUUGAUUCCUGUGGGCUCUGACCGUCCUGUGCAUGGUACUAACCCAGGCAGCACAGCCCCUGUCCUGUCACAGGGGCUCAGCAGAGCCCACGCAUUUCUUGGCAAAUUGAGACACCCUUGGCUUGAAAGGCAAAGCAUAACCAUCUAACAGCCCAGGCUUUUCUCUUGUCGAUGAAUCCUCCUGCUUUUAGCAGCCUGCAGAACUGGAAGUGAAAGUGUACGAGGCUCCUGGGCUGGGGACAGCUUCUGGGCCUGGGAUGUGCCUUGGCAAGGUCUCCAGGCUCAGUCAGAAGGGAAGCGGAGAUCUGCCCAGUGUGACCACAGUGCUUUAACGCAGACCAGGCGCAGCCUCCAGAGUGUGUGGAAAUGGUGAGAAUAAAAUGUUGU